AAUUUGUUCUCAGGUUAGAAAUGUGUUCCUUUUAACGAGAUCGAUAUGAAUUACUGUCGAAAAUUACAAAAUGACAACCCGUUAUUUUAGUCAAACUAAUGCACGUUAAUGGACGAAAACGUCAAACUACUCAGGGCAAAUUAUACGAGACAAUACAAAAUGGUAAAGGUCAACUACCCUCAUGUAUGUGAAACGUAAAAUCACCACUACUGUUUACUAGUCACUGGGAAAUGUGUUCCUUUUGAAUAUUAUUAGUAUUAUUGGACUAUUGCUGUGAAAUAUUAUACCAGUUAUCAUAGGAAAUCUCUUGAUGCUCAAAGUGACUUUUUCUUUCGUUUAUUGACGUUUUGUAAUUCGAUUGAUUUAUUAUCACACUGGAGACAAAUCAUCGAACUCAUCACGUGAUGUGUGAAAAAUACGCAAUUUAUAGGACUACCGUAAAUUUGAAUGGCUUUUAAUAUAUCACCUUUUACAACUAUAAAGCUGAAUACAAGAUAUUGAAUACUUUCUUGGUAUGCCUGGGUGACUAUGAAUGAACGAACAUGAAUUAGAAUUGAUGAAAUUAUAUAUUGGUUUAUAAACAUAUUUACUUGUUUGUAUGUAUUUGUGUAAUUAAAUAACUUAUUUAAAUAAAUCAUGCAACACGUCUUAGGAGGAACCAUAUACAAACAGACUAGGAAAAUAAUGGAGUCAAACAACGAAAAAGAACUAUCGACACCAGAGGUUUCCAGGGAAAUUCAGUUUACAUGGACAGAAACACCACAACCAUUAAAGGAAAUCAUUGAUUCCUCAGGAGACUUACCUUCUGUAGUGAAAAUGUGGCUGGAAAAAUCCGCAGCUGACAGCUCGCCAUUAUUGGAUAUACAUAAACCUUUACUUCUGUAUAAAGAGUUGAAUGGGGUUAAAGUUUACUGUAAAAAUGUUACUUCUGUGGAUUUACUGACAGGGGCCCAAUGUAAAGAUGAUCCAAUAGUUGUCAUUCCACUUGGGUAUACAGGGUGGUUUCGUCUAAUAGAUGACCGUGAUAAACCGCUAACAACUAUCUCAAAUGUAGCUAGAAUAAUGCCCAAGAAAAUCUUAUCAUACAAACUAGUGACCGGAUAUAUCCGCGACCAGUACACUACAAAUAGUAACUUAGCUGAACCAUUACACCUCAAAGUAGAUAUUCAACCAGGGUUACUUAAAGUACUCAAUGUACGGGAAGAUUUUGUUAGGUAUACCGACCAUAAAAAGAUCGUCAAACGGAAAUUACUCCGCUGUCUUGUUUGUAAGACGGAAGACGAUACCAAUGUCUUACUCCCGUUUGAAGCGGCGGGGAUGUUUUACUUGAUUGAAGUACGUAAGUCAACAUCAAAGCAUAUUAAUAUUGAGAACAUAGGAUAUGCAUAUAAUAUAAAAGAUAUGUACACGGCAGGGUUAUCUAAAGGUGUCAUUUUGAAACUGCUACAUGGUCGACCGCCGUCAAAACCAUGUGGGUUUACUCAGAUAUUGAAAGUAUGUGAUUUGAUCAAAGAUCAUACAGUAAUAGCAUGUACAAUUAGUGAAAACAAAAGAUUACUAGAGCUUCCCGUAGCACCGGUGCCAUUAUUUGUUAAAGCUUUAAACUACCCGCAUUUCGACCGACAUCAAACUUUCUUAGAUACUUUGAAAUUUAUGGAUAAAAACGCAGAUGGAUAUGCCAACGAACUUAAAGUGCGUCAUAAUUAUACAGUGGAUAAAACUGCAAGAAAAGUGGAAAAGGAAUCAAAGAAGGAUGAGAAGCUGUAGUAGAAAAGCAUGGCUUCACAUAAUGUUAAUCGUGUGAAAAUAUGGUGCUAUAUUCAUAAAUCUUACGUAUAUGUAUUUGGAAACAAAAAAAAUGACAGAUUAGAAACUGUGAUGAAGUGAUUAGCCCUAAAAUAGUAUUGUUUGACAUGGCAAGUACUAUGUCACACACUGCAGUACAGAUUUGUAUUCGCUUAUUCUCCUUUCGACCAAACCACAAUUUAAUGAAACUUUUUCAGAAUAUUCUCCAUAUAAUGCCAUUGUGCCCACCUAUUUUGCUUUUGAUUCGAGUUAUUUUUAGAGUUUUCUCGGGGUAACAAUCUACUCUAUCACCCUCUCAGCUAUGUGUUAUUUAUAUAGUGAACUCUGCUUGCCAACUUUUACCCUAAUUUUUAGUGUCUUUGUCCAAUGGAAUACUGCAUAUAUUAGAUGAAUGAUAAAAAAUCUACCCCAUCCUCUAACUCUAACAAUAAGCAUAGAUAGCGAUGGUAAUAGUUUAAUCGCAUAGAACUAUUAGUAUUAUAUCAAUAUAUAAACGAAGAGGAACAGUGACAGACUCAUUCAUAUACAUGUACAAUUAUAAGACAAUCUAUAACAAUUAAACUAUGUCAGAGUAUUGUGAAACAUUGAUAUUAAGUUAUUGAUAACCGAUUGAUUGAUUGAUUGGUGGGUGCUUAACUUCCACUGGAAAAAGGUAAACAUAUUCUGAACAUGAGCAUCAUUAGUUACUGUUAGGCGUCUCCUACUUCAUCUCGUGGCUCUGCAUUAAUAGUCAUACCAACUCACGCAAAUACUGAUGGGAGAAAUGAAUAUCGGACAGCGAUAAGGAUUGUAAAUUGCUGUGGUGAUCCGACGGCAUUAACCUUGUUACUUUUGCAAAGUAAUUUUAACUGCUCCUUUACUGGAAUCACUGCGGUAAUUUUUGGCCAAGUGGCUGUUAUGUAACCAAAAAUAUGAAGUUAAUUUUGUACAUUCGAUUGAAAAGGAUUUUUUUUUAAUUUUUCAGCAAAGCAUAAACAGGGUGCAAAUUUAUGACUUGCAAAUAUUGGCGGCAGUAAAAGAACGAGGUUAAUCUUUAUAUAUUGUGAUAGAUCUUAACUAAUAAGUCAGAUAUUCCAUUUCACUGCAAUUCACGAUAAAACAGCUGUUAAAAAUUAUAAAAGCAGUUGCAGACAAUAAUUCUUUUGUUGGUAAAUUAACCUAAUUUUUUUAGUUGAAAAAUUAGUUAAGGAUAAACCUUGCAAGCAAACGAAGUGUAAUUAAAACUAUCAAAGUUUCCCUGUGUUCUAAUUUUAGCCGUGUCGGCCAUGUUUGUAGGCAGACGGGGUCACCGGACAAUUUUGUUUUAAACUAGAUACACCAAUAAUGAUUGUGGCCAAGUUUGGUUAAAUUUGGCUUUGUAGUUUCUGAGGAAAAUACGGACUACGAAAGACGGCGGAGACAAAGUGAUUGGAAAAGCUAACAAUGUCCCUUUGGGCUUGGUGUGCUAAAAAUUGCAAAUAUUGUCAUUUAAGGGCAAUAACUCCUAUAAGGAGUUGUUGGACAAUUUCGGUCGUUAAGACUUGUCAUAGUCUUAUUUUGGUGAUCACUGUUCCUCUUUUCACUUUCUAUUAAGUAACAUUCACAAAAAAAUAACUAAGUUAUCAAGGUAAUCGCCAAAAGUGCCAAAUUUUGGUAAAAAAAUCGGCAUUUAAGGACCCAACCUGCAAAAAUAGUUAAACUUUUAAGAAGUCGACUAUAUAUUUUGAAAAUACUUGAAUUUCAUCCCUAUGUUCUUUUAUAGCCAUGUUGGCCAUGUUCGGUGGAUUCAUCGUACACAGUGUUUAACUGAAUACUCUAAGGAUGAUUGUGGUCAAGUUUGAUUGCAAUUGGCCAAGUAGUUUCAUCGAAGAUUUGUGUAUAGGUUUACGGACGACGGACGUCGAGUGACACUGGACAUUAACGUCAAGUAAGCGAAUAAAAAAAGUCAUAAUUUAAAAAAAAUCUUUCUGAAUGCAAUUUAAACAUUUUUAUCAAAUCUUAUGAAAGUCAGUCAAAACAAAUAUUUAUAAAAGUUAUCUAUAGAGAGACGGUUAAAGUCCGACAACUACGAGGCAUAUGAACAGAACAUAUUUAUUGGUUAAUUAAAUGAAUUCAUUUACAUUUCUUAAUUCAAAGUAUGUUGCGUAUUGCUGUGUGUUUGUUUUUUCUACAUUGGCUAGAA